CCCGCCCCCUUCCACGUCGACCUGCACUCUCGCCAUAUUUUCAAUCCUGUGAAUCCCGCAGCCCGGUUUGCCACUAAGGUGAGGAGGAGAAAACCUUCACACAAGACAGCAUUAAGUGUGCAAACCAUCUGCUUCAAAGGAAAAAGGGACGUCUGCGUUAGCUUCCUUAGCUGCGUCUGUUAUUUCAUUCUGCGACAAUGAACGUCUUCAGGCUGACAGGGGACCUCUCUCAUCUGGCUGCUAUCAUCAUCCUGCUACUCAAAAUAUGGAAAAGCAGGUCAUGUGCAGGUAUCUCUGGGAAGAGCCAAAUCCUGUUUGCCAUAGUGUUCACCACGCGCUACUUGGAUCUGCUCACCUCCUUCAUUUCUCUCUAUAACACAUCCAUGAAGGUGAUCUACAUCGGUUGUUCGUAUGCCACAGUCUACCUGAUCUACAUGAAGUUCAGGGCCACUUACGAUGGCAACCAUGACAGUUUCAGAGUGGAGUUCCUGGUUGUUCCAGUUGGGGGUCUUGCUGUUCUCAUCAACCACGACUUCUCUUUCCUAGAGAUCCUGUGGACGUUCUCCAUCUACCUGGAGUCUGUGGCAAUCCUGCCUCAGCUCUUCAUGAUCAGCAAGACUGGCGAGGCAGAGACGAUCACCACCCACUACCUGUUCUGCCUGGGCCUAUAUCGGGCCCUCUAUCUCUUCAACUGGAUCUGGCGUUUCUACUUUGAAGGCUUCUUUGACUUGAUCGCCAUUGUGGCCGGUGUGGUCCAGACUAUCCUCUACUGUGACUUCUUCUACCUUUAUGUCACCAAAGUGUUGAAAGGCAAGAAGCUCAGCCUGCCAGCGUAAAACGUACAGGAGACGGCAACUCCCAGCAGACUCAGGGGGUUUGGAGAUGACAUCAUGGAAUCUCGUGACCUACAGCAAAAGAUGCCUGAGACAGAGAGACAACUAUCGGGGAAAAACACUAGUCUUCUUGAUGAUUGCUGAUGGAACUGGUAAAUGCCAACAAACACCAGAGCUGAACAAAGAUCAUCCCAGGUCAACAUUUGGAUUUCUGUGUUCAGCAUCUUGCCUUAAACUUCUUUUCAUUGCUGUUCAAAUAGGAGAAAAGGCUCUUUUUUUUUCUACAUGUGAGGUGUAUACUCUUUUUUUUUUUUCAACUUUUUUUUAUAUAUAAUGUCACAAAUAGGGUCGACUCUGAGGAAGUACCUUGUUUGGCUUGGUAAUGAAAAUGCACAAAUGUACAGUCUUAUUAAAGAGUGAGAUAAAGAGUAAAGUAUCUGAGUGCCUGAGGAGAAUUAUGUUCGGUUUCUCACAGUAUUUUUUCUUUUAGAUUUUUUUUUUGUUUGUUUGUUUUGUUUACAUAACCGUAUUCAUAUACUAUAAUACAUGUAACCUCUCUAGGAAACAUUUAAAGAGGCCAAAAGCAAGAGUUUCACGCCAACACACAUUUUGUAAAACCAUUGCUUUCUAAAAUUGCUCAAAACAACAUUUUAACAGGUUACUCUCGUCUAAAAAUCUGAACUUUUUUGUAAGCAGAACUCAUAGGAGGAUUUGUAGUUUCAUUUUAAGAUUUAAAAAGUAACCCAUGAAAUAAAUUACUUUAGUGCCAGCAGUCUUUUUAACAUAGGUGUCAGUAUUUUCAAAUGGUCUUAUUUGAAAUGAAACUUUUCAAGUGUUUUAUUUUUUCUUUUUUCCUCAGCUUACUUCAUUGCAGAAACUAAAAUGCAUCAAUUGUUCUACAGCUUUAAUAUAGAUUUCAUACAAUCUUAAAACAAUGCUUUAUACAUCACAUUUUUUUGGAUGUAGUAGAGCACAAAUUUGUUUCUGCUAUCAUCGCACCCCAUACAACAAACUAAUGAACACUUUCCAACAGUGACUUGUCAGUUAUCGCAAGGUUGAAAUUGAUGAAGUCAGAGUAAAGCAAUAAUGAAUGACUGAAUAAUGAUCACACUUCUGAUAUUGGGACGAGAAGUGUGCAGUUAUUUGGCACGAGAAUCCUCCAGCGCUUUGACUGGUUGUGACAUUUCAAUUGUUAACUGUAUGUCUGGAGUGUGAACAAUUAAACAGAUUUGACAUUGUGCUGAUCAAUAAUUGAGUAGGGGUGAUCGUGGUGUUCAAUGGGAGCAUUUCUGUUCAAUUUAAAGGCCUCUUGUAAACUUCAGCUUAUUCAGAUUAGUCUUUCCUAAAGGAUUAUUUCAACUCUGUCUUUUUUUUGUUGUUGCAUGAUAUCACCUCCAUUAAAAAUUUUAUGAGAAUCA